CAAAAACGCUGUCGUUUUACAAAUGCUCUGUACUCGCAUCUUGUUCUUCUCCAGAACUAUAAGAUUCGCUGCUCCUCUUUCUUCAUCUUCUCUUCAUUCCUUCGUCUUCUCAAAUUCUCCCAUCACCCUCUCGCGUUCUUAUCACUCUUCUCUGCUUACUACUACUAGUUUUCCAAUCAAAUCACUUGUUUCUACUUCAACAACCCCUUUCUCUUUCACUCUCAGACCAGAUCACACUAUGGCUGCCCCCACAUCCGUUUAUGAUUUCACCGUCAAAGAUGCCAGAGGAAAUGAUGUUAAUCUUGGUGACUACAAAGGAAAAGUCCUCUUGAUUGUCAAUGUUGCCUCACAAUGUGGGUUGACUAAUUCAAAUUACACAGAGCUCAGCCAGUUGUAUGAGAAAUACAAAUCAAAAGGUCUUGAAAUUCUGGGUUUCCCAUGUAAUCAGUUUGGGGCACAGGAGCCUGGAGAUAAUGAACAGAUACAAGAGUUUGUUUGCACUCGCUUCAAAGCUGAGUUCCCUGUUUUUGACAAGGUUGAUGUGAACGGUGACAGUGCCGCUCCACUCUACAAAUAUCUAAAAUCAAGCAAGGGAGGACUCUUUGGAGAUAAAAUCAAAUGGAACUUCUCCAAGUUCCUUGUUGACAAAGAAGGAAAUGUUGUUGAACGUUAUGCACCAACAACUUCUCCUUUGAGCAUUGAGAAGGACUUGGUGAAAUUGUUGGGUGCAUGAAGUCAUGAAGGGUUGGAACUGCCAGUAAAUGAAUAAUGAAUAGAAUAAUCUUAUGAAUAAGAGAAUUGUAUUGCAGAUGUUGGUGCAAUUUCCUUCCUUUCGUAUAUGUACCUAAACAGUUGUUUUGUAUCUCGGAUAAAUGAAAACAGUUCAACUUCGUAUAUCAGCAAUAAUGUUUGUAAAUGAUUGCUUUAACUUCA